AUGGCUUCGUCGCAAGGGAAGAACGAGCUGCUUUUCGCCGACUGGAUGGCAGCGCUGCCUGACAGCCUGCACAGCACCCCGCUCACCAACCUGGCCAUCCCCGGGUCUCAUGACUCUUUUAGCUUCUACAUUGAUGAAGCCUCUCCAGUUGGGCCUGAGCAGCCAGAGACGGUCCAGAAUUUUGUGUCAGUUUUUGGGACUGUGGCUAAAAAGCUGAUGAGGAAGUGGCUGGCUACACAGACCAUGAACUUCACCAGCCAGCUGGGGGCAGGUAUACGGUAUUUUGAUCUCAGAAUUUCCACCAAGCCCAGAGACCCAGACAAUGAACUCUACUUCGCUCAUGGUUUAUUUAGUGCCAAAGUCAAGGAAGGUCUGGAGGAAAUCAACACGUUUCUCACUGAGCACCCAAAAGAAGUGGUCUUCUUGGACUUCAAUCAUUUCUACGGGAUGCAGAAAUGCCAUCAUGAAAAGCUUGUUCAGAUGCUCAAAGACACAUAUGGAAACAAAAUGUGUCCUGCUAUAUUUGCCCAUGAAGUCAGCCUUCAGUACCUGUGGGAAAAGGAGCACCAAGUGCUAGUGUUCUACCACAGUCCAGUGGCUGUCGAGGUAGCCUUUCUGUGGCCAGGCCAGAUGAUGCCAGCUCCCUGGGCAAACACAACAGAUACGGAAAAGUUGAUUCAGUUCCUGCAGGCAUCAAUCACUGAAAGAAGAAAGAAAGGCUCCUUUUUCAUAUCUCAAGUAGUGCUGACACCAAAGGCUAGUACAGUGGUGAAAGGGGUUGCAAGUGGUCUCAGAGAAACAAUCACAGAAAGGUGA